AUGUCCACAGCUCCGUCGCCGGCGACGCCGCCGACCAACACCACCUCCCCGCCGCCGCCCACCCCCGCCGCCCCGGCCCCCACCACCCCAACCGCUCCACCUCCCACAACCCCCGCCGCUCCGCCGCCGACCACCCCCAGCGCACCGCCGCCGACCACCCCGGCGUCGUCGCCACCGCCGCCGUCAAAGACUCCACCUUCACCUUCACCACCAGCGCCAACCACUCCAGCUCCGACCUCACCGGGAUCCUCUCCGCCGCCGCCAACAACCCCGACAGUCUCCUCUCCGCCACCGCCUAAAACGCCGUCGACGCCAACCACUACCAAGAGCCCUCCGCCGCCGAAAUCGCCUUCGACGUCGCCGUCGUCGUCUUCGUCGGGAAUGGACACCGGGGUCAUAGUCGGAAUCGCUAUCGGCGCGGUGGCGAUUCUAGUGGUGCUCAGUCUUUGCUGCAUUUUCUGCUCCAAGAAGAAGAAGAGAAGAAGAGAGGAGCCUGUGUACUAUGUGCCUCCGCCGCCGCCUCCUACCGGCCCUAAAGGUGAAAUUUACUAUGGUCCACCGCGCCCGUAUCAAGGAGCUCCUCCACCACCUCCAGAUCAUGUAAUCACAAUGCCGAAGCCGCCUUCUGCACAAGCACAAGCUGUAGCAUCCAGGCCACCACCUCACUCUCCAGGACGAUACACGCCACCACCACAACCUUACAGCAGUGGGGGUUCUGGUUCUAAUUAUUCAGGGCCUGAAACUCCGCUUCCACCUCCUCCACCACCAGGGUAUUCGUUGGGAUUCUCUAAAAGCACGUUUACUUAUGAGGAACUGGCUUUGGCAACGGAAGGGUUCUCGGAUUCCAAUUUACUUGGACAAGGUGGGUUUGGGUAUGUUCACAAAGGAGUUCUUCCUAAUGGGAAGGAAGUAGCGGUCAAGCAGUUGAAGGCUGGAAGUGGGCAAGGGGAGCGUGAAUUCCAGGCGGAAGUUGAAAUUAUUAGCCGUGUACAUCACAGACAUCUUGUUUCACUGGUUGGAUACUGCAUGACUGGAUCGGAAAGACUACUUGUCUAUGAAUUUGUUCCAAAUAACACUAUGGAGUUCCACUUGCAUGGAAAAGGGAGACCUACCAUGGAUUGGCCCACAAGACUGAAAAUUGCAUUAGGAUCUGCAAAAGGACUGGCAUAUCUUCAUGAGGAUUGUCAUCCUAAAAUCAUUCACCGUGAUAUCAAAGCAGCUAAUAUACUUUUGGAUUUCAAGUUUGAAUGCAAGGUUGCAGAUUUUGGUCUUGCCAAGCUUUCUUCUGAUCUUAAUACUCAUGUUUCCACCCGAGUGAUGGGGACUUUUGGGUAUCUAGCUCCAGAAUAUGCAUCUAGUGGAAAACUCACAGACAAGUCAGAUGUUUUCUCCUACGGGGUUAUGCUUCUGGAGUUGGUUACUGGACGCCGCCCUGUUGAUGCAUCUCAAACUUACAUGGAUGAUAGUUUGGUAGAGUGGGCAAGGCCCCUUCUCACUCGAGCUUUGGAAUCAGAUGACUUUGAUGAACUGGUUGAUCCUAGACUGCGGAAUAGUUACGACCACAACGAGAUGGCUCGUAUGGUUGCUUGUGCUGCAGCUUGUGUACGGCAUUCUGCAAGGCGUCGACCACGGAUGAGUCAGGUUGUCCGUGCUUUAGAGGGAGAUGUGUCUCUGUCCGAUUUGAAUGAAGGAAUCAGGCCUGGGCACAGCAGUCUCUACAGUUCUCAUGGAAGCUCUGACUUUGACUCAAGGCCCUAUGACACAAAGCAACGCAACCUGGACUUGAUAAACCACAGGAAGAUGGCAUUGGAAAGCCAGGAGUAUGGCGCUAGUAGCGAGUACAGUGGUGGUCGCACCACCAGCGAGUAUGGUUUAAACCCAUCUGGUUCAAGCAGUGAAGGCCAACGAACCCGGGAAACCACCCAAGAAAUGGAAUUGGGAAAGAUGAAUAAGAACAAUCGAGGUUACAGUGGAAGCUCCGAGUAUUAACACAGACGAUGCACCAAUUUUCUUGUAAAAAGCUACCAACCCUCUCCCCCAAUAUUCUGACACUCCUAAAUGGCCAUCAUUUCAUCGACAGGGAUUUAUUUGCACAACUAUGUCUAUUAUUGAUUAUUUUUUUUCAUCUUCCUAGUUAGCCGGUGUUUACCAUUGCCUUCACAAGAGUCGUAUAACUGAACUUGUCCAAUUCUUUUAUUCUUUGCUUAAUCUUUGAAUGAAUACAGUUGUGCUCAACUUGUUUAGCAUUACAUUAUUGCC